GGCUCCACGAGGAUCUACAUGUGGCAGGUACCAAACAGACAGACAAGACAGGGUCGAACACUCAAGUCAAUCAACAGAACACUCUUUCAAGGAAGAUCGGCAAGUGCUCCAGCUCCGGCCCCACCGUGGCAGCCAUGAAGUUCAUCCCUGGUGACAUUGCAAAGCGACUAGAAGAGAUGGUGCUGUUGACAGCUCAGAACCUGCCCCAGGUGGAGGUGGCUAGUAGUUACACCAUUCUCCGAGAGUUGGGCAGUGGCUCUUUUGGACAUGUGUUGAUGGCAGUCCACCAACGCCAAGGAACACCCAUGGCAUUGAAAUUCAUACGUAAGAAGAAUACAGAGCUGCAGGAUUUCCUGAGUGAAUACUGCAUUGCAUUGACUUUGGGGGCCCAUCCCUGCAUUGCCACUGCCCUUGGUAUCGCCUUCCAGACUCCACAGCAUUACGUCUUUGCACAGGAGUUGGCCAUGGCCAGGGACCUCUUCUGUCUCAUGGUACCACAGGUUGGUGUGCCUGAGCAACGGGUGAAGCGCUGUGCCCUCCAGCUUGCCAGUGCCCUGGAGUACAUGGAAACCAAGGGGCUGGUUCAUCGUGAUGUCAAGCCAGAGAAUGUGCUGCUGUGCGACCCCGAGUGCCGGCGCAUCAAGCUGACGGACUUUGGGCUGAGCUGCCCACGAGGCCAGGCUAUUGAGGCCUUGCCCGAGAGCCUGCCUUACACGGCACCAGAGUUGAGCAUCCUGGGCCCCAAGGCUCGUUUGGAGGCCCAGCCCAGCCUUGACACGUGGGCUCUGGGAGUGCUGCUCUUCUGCGUGCUCACCGGCUACUUUCCCUGGCUCACAGCUGUGCCUGCCGAUCGGUAUUACCGCAGCUUUGUCUCUUGGCAUCGCAGCCCCCGCUUUGCCCCACGCCCACCUCACUGGGGCCGUUUCACUCCCGAGGCAUUGGAGAUGUUGCAGGGGCUUUUGAAGCCCAAUCCAACUCACCGUAGCCCGGCCAAGGAGGUGAUGAAUUAUAUCAAGCUACCUUGGAUUCUGCCGGAAGCCCAGAGCCAUUCCCGGCCCAGCAGGGAACUUCAUGGCACCAGCCAGCGGUGCUAAGGAGUCAGGCCGUCUGUGUGGAGAAGGGAGAGGGUGGCACCAAUCCCAAAUCUCACCUUUAGCUGUUGAGGGACCAAAGACACCAAAUUAAGAGAUCUCAUUGUUCCCAGGAACAAGGAAAAAACUCAGUGAAUCCACGGAAACAGAGAAAAGACUGCCAGAUUCAGAAAACAGAGCAAAUGCCAGCAGGGUAGGGAAGGACGAAAUGACUCAGGGAACCACUGCCUCCUCUGUGACAUUGUCUUAGGAGAAUCGCUCUCCAGUCCCAUGUCCCAGCUCUGGAUCAGAGAUUCAAAUGACUUGAGUUCAGCUUCUCUUCAGUCAGUAGCUGGCCAUCUUAUCCUUGAAUAAAGUGUCAUGGAAAGGAACCAAAAAUGGAGUUACACCGCCUUGG